AUGUCCACCAGCAAAGUCAAGGCCGGUGCCCUCUGGGGCAAGGAUAAGGAUGAGCUCCUCAAGCAGCUCAACGAGCUCAAGACGGAGCUGAACCAACUCCGCAUCCAGAAGAUUGCUUCGUCCGGCACCAAGCUCACCAAGAUCCACGACAUCCGCAAGUCGAUCGCCCGUGUCCUCACCGUCAUCAAUCUGAAGCAAAGGCAGCAGCUCCGCUUGUUCUACAAGAACAAGAAGUACCUGCCCCUGGACCUGAGGGCGAAGCAGACCCGUGCCAUCCGCCGCCGCCUUUCAAAGGAGGAUGCCUCGAGGGUCCUCGAGAAGACCAAGAAGCGCCAGCAACACUUCUCCCAGAGGAACUACUUCGUGAAGGCCGAGUAA